UCUAGUUUCCCCAUACAAGCAUUACAUACAUAUUUUCUAACCCACACGAUGAGUGUGAUCAAAUCCGUGAGGGGCAGCCGUCGGACCCGAAGAUCCACAGCUUCCGCGUUCGAUCCCGGUCCCUACAUCUACUGUGUUAACUUCUACGACAAUGGACUGAGUGCGGUGCGGGAUGAGUUCGUGAAGCGGGUGGUCAGCGGCUCUCGUCGGGCUGUUUUCGUCAUCGACAUGGACAAGGAAAUUUUGGAGGCCAACUUUCAGAACGAGCGAAAGUCAAAAGCCAUAAAAAAUAGGGAAUCGGCGAGUCUAAAGCCCUUGGAUCCGUUGAGCAUUGUUCUGCGAUGCAUUCAGAACUGUGUCGACGAGUUCGACAAGAUAACCAAGAAGAUUGAGCUGGAGGCCAACUUCGAUCUGCACGCCUACUGGCAACGUAAUAUUCCCGCAAUGCUUAAGAAUCUAUCGCCAGCGGGGGGUAAAAAAAAGGGUGCCACCGACAGCAAGGGUGGUGCAAAUACAGCCAAGCCCAAAACGGGGAAGUCCUCCAGCGACAAGGCGCGUCUGGAAAAGAUCCGCUGCACGUCCGUCACCGCAAAGGAGCAUCACAAAGUUGGCAAGGGGCUGCCGGCAUCCAAGUGUGAGUACAUUAGAGACAAUCCGCUAUUCACCAAAAUACUGAUCCUGAUCAUUGGUCAAAUGGAUAACCAUUUCUACAAGAAGCUGCUGGCCUACGAUCAGCCGCUGCGAGCGAUCAUCCACUUUAUGCCACAGGAGAGUGCCUACGAUCUCUUGGUGCCCCGACCUCGACGCGAACAGAAACUCCAGGAGGCACUGGCUGCCAUCCAGCAGGAUAUCCACUCGCUGCGCAAGCGGACUCCCUUGAAGCCGGUGGGCAUCUUCCAGCAACAGUUGCCCCAGAUGUCCUCCUGCAUGGCGGCCAAAUUCACCGAUGAUGUCUUCGAUCAGCUGAGCUGGUACAUGUACGAUGUGGAAACACUUCGGGAGUGGUACCGCAUGUACUACGUGGAACCAUAUAGGGAGAUUAACGUUAAGAUGGAUCCCUCGCUGUCAUUGCAGGAGACUUUCCACAUCGUCGAGUCACUGAGCAUCCAGGGGCACUACCUCAAGGCCCAGAUGCCGGCAUCUCGGGCCGAUGAUGCCACCGUCUAUCUGUACAUGGAGUCGCUAAUGAGCACUUUCGGCAAUCCCAAAGAGCUGAUGACCGAAACGGAGGUCCUGCUCCUGGCCAAUCCCACGCCAUCGGUUCAAACUCGAGUGCUGGACAAGGUGAAGGUCUAUGCGAACUCUUUUAAGAGCAUCGUAAAGCUGAACAAGAACGACCGCUUAUUCGUGGAGCAGGCCAAUGGGCUACUGUCCAAUAUAAUGUCCUACAUGGACCAGUCUCUGAUGAGGAACGUAUAUCACGCCUGUCUGGAGUACAAUCUAUUACGGCGCUACUUCACUUCCGGCUAUAUCAAUCACUCGCUGGCAAGGCAGACGUACAAUGGCGCCCUGGAACCGAUCUAUCUGCCCAAAUACGCCGAGCUUUACCUCACGGACGACUCGGUGAUGCAGCGGAUAAUUCAGCUGGUUAAGGACUACGAUGACUUCAGCGUGGAGGAGGUGCAGCCCAAUGUACAUCUUUACACGUUUCGACGCUCCCUGAACGAGGUCUUCGAAGAGGAGAAACAAACUGUGAUCCCCACACGUCUUUGCUUUAGGGACUUUACCCUGUACGAAAUGAAUUAUUUCCUUCAGGACUUGGUCACGCCGCAAAAGUUCGCCGAGAUCACCGAAAGUUAUAUGUCACGCGAGACGCAGAGUGCCGAAAUCAUUUCUGGUUUUGACCCAAUGAUGGUCAAGUGCAAUGAGGACAACGAUCGGGUCGCCAUCGAUCCCAAAGUCUUUGUUCGACCAAACUCGAUCAAGGGACAGCAGGCCAAGAAGAAGGAAAAGAAGGAUCAGGAUGAUUCGCGGUCCGUUACCCGCAAAACUUCCCUAAUUCCAGACGAACUAGUAACAGCAAGAUUCAGGCGACAAUCUGCAAAGUCGGUUCAAUCUGAAACCCGGCGAGUAACAGCUUCCAUGUUGCAGCCGAAGAUAUCCGGAUUCGACUCAAAACAGGGAUCACACCAUUUCAUAGGACUCCGUCCAAACCAUCCCAUGCUGGAAGGUUAUAACUUGGACGACACCCUUCAGACCAUCAAGUCCAAGACAUCAAAGUACUUCUUUGAGGAGGGUCGUAUCAUGCUCUAUGAGGAGAGGUGGAACUUCCGCCAGAUGAACAAAUGCCUGGCCCUCGAGAUUGGCGGCCAGGAGGUGCAUUUCCGGAGUGCAGGCGAUCCACUGGGAGUCACAGCCACGGAUUCCAGUGUGAGGAUCGAGUCGAAGAACGGAAUCAGUGUCCGAGUGAUGCCUAAAGAAAGCGAGUGCGCCAAGGCAGUCCUAAACUUCCCCAACGGUCUGAGCACCUUCUGCCACGACACUCAUACGGAACACCAUUGGCAAUAUCAGCAAAAUGACCUAAAUGAAACCCGGCGUGUCUGCACUCCUUAUGGGUGUGUGAUUGUGUUCUACCAGAGCACCGACACCAUAGUGAUCAUGCGGUACAACGGCGAGGUGUAUCACCUGUAUAGCUUUACGGGUGCUGACAACGAGGAGGAGGAGGAAAUGAACUCGGAGUUCAUCAACGCCUGCUCCACGCAGUCCACCUACUCCAGCUACAAGCCCCUCCGCGAACCCAAGAGGAGGGACAGGAGUCGGGAUGGGUCGUCCCAGAAGCGUUCGACCAUGCGCAGUGUGGGCGGACUGGACAUCAACCUGCGGCCAUCGGCCCUGAGCAGUGGCUCCAAGAAAAGUCUGCCCUCCAAAGCAUCCACUUUGGGUGGACGGAGGAGCCAACUGCUCAAGAAUCAACAGGCUGCCGCCUUGUUUGAAAGCAUUAAGUUCGAGCUAAACUACCUCAAUUUCAUCAUGGCCCUGUAUAAGCUGAGCUAUCGCUACCUCAAGUUGACCACUUCGCUGGGCAGUGUAGUAAAUGUGCAACGCGAUGGGAAGAUCUGGUGCGGCAAGCCCUUCCGGAACACCGAGUGGCAUGAUUAUUAUGCCGAUGAGUCCUACUCCAUGCGGGACGAUGGUGUCAAGAUGAUCUGGACGGCGGAGGAGCUGCGGUGCUACCACAACGACGGCACUGUCAUCACUUCGGGCACUGGCAUAGGUUGGGAUCCCGGCACGGAUGUCGACGAGAUCGACAUUGAAAUCAGUUCGAGCAGCUCUCAUGCCAAUGCGGAUAGGGAUAGCUUCCAAAGGCUCCGAAAGGAAACUAUGUUCAUCAAUGCACCAGAUGGCUUGCCGUUUAGCGAUGUCACUUCGGAAGUUGAGUCUCGAAGUCUCAGUGUGAUUAUUAAAAAUAUAUCUGUGAAGAGCGACUUAAUGGUGGAAGAGGAGGAAGGAGAGAUUAUCCAUGAUAAAAGCUACAUCACUUACGUGCCAAACAGUUACUUUAUAAACCACAAAGUCUAUGCCGGGAUCCACUUCACUUUCAGCCACAUAACCGAUGUGGAUCUAAAUCUUGAGACCUCGAUCUUCACCUGCGACGACCUGAAAGUUCGGGUGUUUAAGGAUCCUAUAUCGACUGGGGAUCGGCAGUCAGAACCACAAACGGAGACUCCAUCAUCUGAAGCGGAUUCAGAUGAGUGGACAAAAACCAAAAUACGGAAGCCGUCCGAGGUGCCGACACUAGAUCCAACUUCAGACAUAACACCCUCCAGUGGGGAAGAACAGUCAACGGAUAACUCGGAAAUCAUUGUUCCCACCUGUGUGGAGGUGGAGUGCAACAACCUGGUUUUAAUUACGUUUGAUGAUCGUGUCUCAAUACAAACCCACCUGCGGAAGUUUGGAUGCGACGAGAAUGCAAAGUGCGACUUACAAGUGCGUGACGAUAUCGAAUUGAAUGUUUAUUUUGCCGAGAGCCUGUCAACAACUUUUCGGAAUUGGGUAGACGAACUUACCAGUUUCAUCAACUGUUUCUGCCCCAAGCGACGCACCUUGUAUUUCCUGGAAACCCAAAGCCUACAGUGCCAAAGAAAAGGGUUCGAGCUGAUGAAAUCGGUGCCGCCUCUGGGAAAAUACAACUUCUGUGCUGGCAACUACUUUAUCGAUGUGAACGAGCUGAGGUCAGUCAAUAGCCAAAUGAAAAAUGAGUAUGAGUGGUUCGACAAGGAUAUGGAAAAGUUUCCCCGCUUCCAACUUUACAAGAAACCACCGCAAGAACCCGAUUUUCCCAUGGUUCUGAAUGCUAGAAUAUUUGUGGAGAUACCAGCACAACUAGCGAAUACGGAUCGGAUACACCAGUUCGUUUCGGAGUUUGACUCGAUUAAGUUUAGGAAACAACGCUAUCGCUUCAAUGAAUCUGUUCUUUUCCAUCUGCAUCCACGAUUACGCCUGCUGGUUCAGCAGGAGAUUAGCAAACGUAGCUGGAAGAAUCACCAUGACGAGCACCUUCGUCGCAUGUUCAUAGAGCAACAGCGCCUCAGCCUCUACAUGGCCAUGCUGAAGCACAAGGUGUAUCCCAACUACUUCCAGUUCAAGGACCAGUUCAACUCCCACGUCCGCAACAUCGAGUUCUUCCAGUUCAUGACAUCCAAGUGCAACGAGAAGAUCCAACCCGAGGAGCCCAUUGUUGAUCCCGCGGAUGAGCCAGCUCCACCGAGCAAAGUCAAAGGAAAGAAGAACAAAUGUGUCUGUCCCAAAUACCUGAAAUCUUUGGAUUAGAGUCAACAAAUUUACAAAAGCUUUUUAUAGAUUAAAAAUGAAAAACUGAAAUCUAUUCUGCAGGCUUACAUUUAUAAGAAUGAAAAUGUAAUAUUAAAAAGUGUAAAACUAAA